GCUGACAUAUUCAAAUGCUGACAAUUCUGAGCAGCAGCUGCCCACAGCUGCUCAUUCAGCUCUAAAUUAACCUCAGAACUGAAGAAACCUCGCUCAAGAGCGCACCUAGGCAGACCAAGUCCAUGGCAAGGAUUCUUUCUGCUUUUUAAAAGUCAUAUUUCAUAAUAACCUAACAAGGCAAUGUGGGCCAAGUAAAUAGGGGUGGGCUGUAACAAGAGGAACAGGAAGAGAGGAGAUGAGAGAAAGAAGGUAGAAAGGCACACUCAGAGAGGGUAAGAGCUUGUCACGUCGGCAUGUGAGACUUUUCACAGCAGUUUUUGCUACUUGUUUUUUUUUUUUUUUUUUUUAUCUGUGUAAAGAUACUAACAAGUGGUGAGUCAAGACAAAAAAUGCUGUGCUCAGUCUGUGGUGACUUCAAGAGAUGAUGUUAUGAGGAGAUAAAGUCCAAUAGAUUAAGGCCUUGACAGAGAGAUACCACAAGAGUCAGACUCUACAAAAAUCAAAGUUGAAAUGGCUGAAUUGGAGCUGCUGGAACCUCUUGUCAUCAGAGAAGACGGAGACACAACUGAGGAUAUCAGAGAAAGAGAGGCAACAGGCAGCGCGGAUGCAAUCGUACGAAGCUGUAGCGAAGAAUCUGCUCUCAAAAAGGAAGAGGAACACUUAGAGGACUCAAAUCAAGAAGCUGUAGCGAGUAAAAUGUGUUUACAGGAGAAACAACAGGCAGAGACGGAGGCGGGCCGGUUUAAACCAGAGCCUGAUAAUGAGAACGCAAAUGAUGGACAAAACAGAGAUAGUACUGAAGGUGAAGGGCAGACACUUGAAGUGGUGGUUAGAGAAAAACCCAGUAACACGGAGGAUAAAAAUGUUACAGAAAAUGAGCAUCAAGUGGACACAAAGAGGUUAGAUUCCUCUAAACCUGAAAAGGAAGAGAAGCAAAAGGAGGACUCCACAAAGGCUCACCGGUUAACCCCUGACUUCCCGGAGGCGCUGUACGAGCUACUCUGCACCCUUCAGGAGGGGAGGCGUCUUAAUGACCAGCGUUGCUCCUUCAGGAUGGAGGUGGAGGUCAGGAGGAGGAGGUGCCAUUCUGAGCCUAACACCACAAAACCAGCUAACAGAGUUGUCUUUUCUUCUAUGACUUCGCUGCAGAAAGAGGAGUUUUUUGAGCUGGUGGCCACUGCACAAGCUCGCCGACUAGAUGACCAGAGAGCACAGCUGGAGAGGUCUCCACCACCAAAACCAAAAUCCAGAAGCUUCAGAGGAAGUUUAAAACAGCUGUCUUUUGUGAAAAAACCUGCACCACCCUCCGUCUGUAAAGACGAUCUGUAUGACAUGAUUCUCACAACACAAGCCCAAGGCAGGUUGGAGGACCAGCGCAGCAGAGCUCCUGGUCCUAUGGACGAUGAAGACUUCUUCUCUCUGCUCCUGAGAGUUCAAGGAGGGCGCAUGGACGAGCAGAGGACCGAACUACCAUGCCUGCUGCAAACCUGAGAUGGGAGUUAAGAAAGAGUUGGGUUAUAUGUAGCUGUUUGCUGUUUUUUUUAUCCUCCUUUUUGAUGCUUUGUUUUGGGAAUUAAUGUCCCUGCUUAGUGUCAGAGUUAAAAUUAUAGCAAAAAUGACAAGCUUUUAACAUAACUUUAGGGAUGUUCUUAGUAAAACGUUUACUUAUUGGUAAUAUUAUUCGUUUUUUUUUCUCUCUCUCUCUCUCUUAAUCCGCAUCAGUACAUCGGUAGAUAUGCUUUCUUGUUGGAAAGUUUUAUUAAAUAUGUGCAAUGAGCUGUCUGAUGGCUGCUGCGUGCGCACAUUUUAAAUGUGGAGGAGGCAGUGUGCUGAUCUCUGUUGUUUUAUUUGUAAAGUAGAAUCAGUGAUCAAACACACCAGCUUUGGUAAUGAAGAGAUGAUAAUACCUCUAAGGUUGUGCAGUGCUUGAGUGUGUGUGAUAAUUCUCCUGCAGAAUAAACUAAAACUAUAUUUGUACCAUUUCUUUCUUUCUGUUUGUGCAUGUUGUCUGAAUUUAAUGAGGACAAAGUAAAACUUAAUACAUCCCCUAAUAAUAUCCUCAUAUUUUUCCAUGUAUUUUUGUGAUAUUGCACAUUGGUGUUGCAGUGUUGUACUUGCAUGUUCAUUAUUAACAAUCAUCCCCUUGCCAGAUA